AUGCAGCAGCAGCUGCAGCAGCAGCAGCAGCAGCAGCAGCAGCAGCAGCAGCAGCAGCAGCACGAAAUAAACAGAUGCCAUGCAGCCCCCAUGGAUGCAGCAGCAGCAGCAGCAGCAACAGGAGCAGCAGCAACAGCAACAACAAUACAAGGAGAAACACCAGUCUUCUUAUCUGCUGCAGAAGCAGCAGCAGUUGCUGCUGUGUUGCUGCCGCAUGCUGCUGCUGCUGCUGCUGCGGGGUGUCUGCGGGGGGACCAAAUCUGUACACUUCUUCGUUUCUUCGCUGCUGCAGCUGCACAGCAGCAGCAGCAGCAGCAGCAGCAGCAACAGCAGCAGCAGCAGCAGCAGCUGCUCAUGCUCUGUUGUAGCUUGCUGCAGCAGCUACAAGAGAAGGGCCCACGGUCUCUGCCUCAGCAUUCGCUGGCUUCCUCCUUGCAUGCGCUGCGCACCCUCUCUCCGUUGCUGCUGCAGCAGCAGCAGCCGCAGCAGCAGCAGCUGCUGCAGCAGCAGCAACUGCAGCAAAGGCCGCAGCAGGUGCUGCGGGAGCUCCGCCUGCGGUGGGUUGCUGCUGCUGCAGCGCCCUAUGUUGCAGCACAGAUGAAGCCUCAGACCUUCUUGCUGCUGCUGCUCUCCGUCGGCACACCAGCAGCAGCAGCAGCAACAGCAGCAGCAGCAGCAGCAGCAGCAGCAGCAACAGGAGCUGCUGCAGCUGCAGCAGACACUUCAGCGCAUCCGGCGAAGGCUCACGCAGCCACAACCAAACAGCAGCAGCAGCAGCAGCAGCAGCGAGAAAAGCAGCAGCAGCAGAGGCAGCAGCAGCAACAGAAGCAGCAGCAGCAAGAACAACAACAAAAGCAGCAGCAACAAAAGCAGCAGCAGCAACAGAAGCAGCAGCAGCAACAGCAGCAGCAACAGAAACAGAAGCAGCAAGAGCAGCAGCAGGAGGAAGCAGCAGCAACAGCAGCAACAGCAGCAACAGCAGCAGAAGUGUUUACAGCAGAAGCAGAGCGAUGUCUGCUUUUGCAGCUGCUGCAGGCGCUGCAGCGAGCCCCCUUGCUGCAGCAGCUGGGGCAUGCACCGCCGAAGCAGCAGCAGCAGCAGCUGCUGCUGCUAGAGGAGACACUGCAGCACGCUGCUGCUGCUAUCGCUGCUGCUGCUGCUGCUACUCGUGCGGGAUCUGCUGCUGCACCGGAGUCUCCGUCGGCACACCAGCAGCAGCAGCAGCAACAGCAGCAGCAGCAACAGCAGCAGCAGCAACAGCAGCAGCAACAGCAGCAGCAGCAGCAGCAGCAGCAGCAGGAGCUGCUGCAGCUGCAGCAGACACUUCAGCGCAUCCGACGAAGGCUCGAGCAGCCACAACCAAACAGCGGCAGCAGCAGCAGCAGCAGCAGCGAGAAAAGCAGCAGCACCAGAAGCAGCAGCAGCAACAGAAGCAGCAGCAGCAAGAACAACAACAAAAGCAGCAGCAACAAAAGCAGCAGCAACAACAGAAGCAGCAGCAGCAACAGCAGCAGCAACAGAAACAGAAGCAGCAAGAGCAGCAGCAGGAGGAUGUUUUAA